CCUUUCUCCAAUUCUCUAUAAUUUCAUCAAAUACGAAGAUCAAAACUAAACAAACUUCGCAACGCGACAGAGGAUUGCAUAAGCAGAAAUCGAAAUUCCUUGUUGCUAGAAUUGAUAGGAAAAACUGUGGAACCAAAUUGAGAAAACAAUAAGGGAAGAAGGAAAACAAAAGAAAUGGAAAAAGUGAUCAAUGUAUUGAAGCCAAAACCCAACCCGCAGCAAUUGCUACGAGAUUGGCAGCGUCGGAUCCGCCAAGAAUGCCGGAACAUCGAACGACAAAUCCGAGAUAUACAGAGAGAGGAGAAAAAUGUUCAGAAAGCAAUCAAAGAAGCUGCUAAAAGGAAUGAUAUGGGUUCUGCGAAGGCACUUGCAAAAGAAAUCGUGAGAUCAAGGAACACAGUGAACCGACUCUAUGAAAACAAAGCACAGUUAAAUUCGGUAGCAAUGCAUCUUGGAGAGAGUGUUGCUAUUGCUCGAACUGUGGGACAUUUGUCGAAAAGUGCCGAAGUCAUGAAGCUUGUCAAUAACCUUAUGAAGGCUCCACAAAUGGCAGUCACCAUGCAAGAAUUUAGUAAAGAAAUGAUUAAGGCUGGCGUUAUUGAAGAGAUGGUUAAUGACGCUGUAGACGAUGCACUCGACUCAGAAGACAUUGAGGAGGAAACUGAAGAAGAAAUUGAGAAGGUCCUGACCGCUAUAGCUGGCGAGACUGCUGCCCAGCUUCCAGAAGCUUCUAGGAAUGAGAAGCUAAAGCAGCCCGCCACAAGUGAAGAUGUCGAGGAGAAUAUCGACGAGGAGGAAGAGAUGGAAAAGAUCAGGGCCCGACUUGCGAGAGUUCGAUCGUGACUCGGUCCUUUCUAGGCCCGUUUGACAUUUGGUGUGUGUCAUAUAAUAAUAUUUGCAUGUAUCAUAAUGCAGCAUAGUUAUAACAUCAUUCGAUAUGCUUUUGCAUCACAUCAAAUUACAUUGUUUGGGCAAAGUGGGUUUGGAAUCGUGUAUGUAGUAGAGUUGGACCAAUUUUACAAAAAAAUGAUCUGUUCUCUGAGUUGCAUAUCGAAAUUGACGGAAUUUGGGGGUUGAAUAUAUGUUGGGUUAGUAAAAUGCAUGAAAGAAAUUUAAAUACCGUGGAUCCGGUUGUCGCUCUAAUGUUUUCUUUAAUUUGGAGGAGUAUUGAAAUAUAGAGAGGGUGUAAUUUUUAAAUUAUUUCAUGAUGGAAACAAAUUUUCGCUAUUUUGUUA